AUGAUGAAGAGCCUCUUGGCAUGUCAACUUCAUCGUAACCAAUUUGAUAUGUAUUUAACCGUAUGCAUUUGCCGUAAACGUUAUUCAGACGACGAAGAUGUGUUUGUACCAUUAAGAGAGGUGAUCAUAUCGUUGAGAUUACGAAUAGUGCCAGUUCUACGCGAUAACGUUUGUGCUGAAGAAUUACCACUUGAAGAAUAUUUUGCCGUUGAUGUCACAAAUCGUCAGUUAAUUGGCGCACUUCUCAAGCUGUUACCGUCAAUGCCGAAUGCGAUGAACCACUUGAAACGUAUCAAAGAUGGUCGCGUUCUCAUUCAGCAAUGCAGUACGCCCUUACCUGAUGAACUGCUGCAAUCAAUUCGUAAUCUUCUCCAACAAGAAACCGCUUUAAUCAUCGAGCGCGUUCAGGUGCCCUCAAAGAAACCUUUCACAAGACGUCAAUUCGAAUGGGCAAAACAGCGAUGGCCCACUGCGUUUCAUCCGAAUCAAGAAGUUGAAGCACUUCUGCAUGGAACGUUCUUCAGUGAUGAUGAACAUCGCAAAAUAUUCGAUUUCUAUUCAAGAGCUGAACAAAUAGGCGACGGCGAUAGUGGUUGUGUGAUCGUUGAUGUAACGGGCAAAGUAGUAGCUGAAAGUGGAGUGCGAGCAAAACCACUCGGACAUGCUGUGAUGUCUGCGGUCGAAGACUUAUGUGAGAGUCAUCGAAUACAAGGAAGUGAUGUAUUGCAAUAUUUGGGCACUGGAUUUGAUGUUUAUUUAACACAUGAGCCGUGUUCGAUGUGUGCUAUGGCGUUGGUUCAUUUCCGAGUAGGUCGUGUGUUUUUUGGUAAAUGUUCGCCGAAAGGAGGCGCUCUUCAGUCAUCGUGGAGAAUUCAAGAGGAAAAGCGUAUCAAUCAUCAUUAUCGUGUAUUUCGAAUCGAUGAAAUCGACUAG